UGCGGUUUGUGCUUCCCCAAUCCCCCCUCCCAUUCUCCAGUCUCCACUACCGGACCACCACCACACUCGCUCCCUUCCUCCUCCGCCCCAAACCCUAGCCGUAGGCGACUAUCGCCUCGGAUGGAUGACGCAGGAGGCGGCUUGGCGUCGGCGGCCGUGCACCACAACGCGCGCUCCCCCGAGGACGUCUUCCGCGACUACCGUGCGCGCCGCGCAGGAAUCGUCAAGGCGCUCACCACGGAUGUGGAGAAGUUCUACCAACAGUGCGACCCCGAGAAAGAGAACCUCUGCCUUUAUGGGUUACCCAAUGAAACCUGGGAAGUGACACUGCCAGCUGAGGAAGUACCUCCUGAACUUCCAGAACCAGCUUUGGGAAUUAACUUUGCUCGUGAUGGGAUGAUCGAAAAAGAUUGGUUGUCGCUGGUUGCAGUUCAUAGUGAUGCCUGGCUGCUAUCUGUUGCAUUUUACUUUGGAGCUCGGUUCGGAUUUGAUAAAGAAGCCAGGAGACGGCUCUUCACCAUGGUUAAUGGUCUUCCCACUGUCUAUGAAAUUGUGACGGGAGUUGCCAAGAAGCAACCAAAACCCUCCAAUGGUGGUAGCAAGAGCAGCAAAUCCAACUCUAAACCAUCAAGACAGUCCAAUUCUAACAGCAAGCCUGCAAAGCUGUCUCAUCCAAAAGAUGAGGAAGACAAUGGGCAAGAGGAUGCACAGGACGAGGAGCAGGCAUACCUGUGUGGCUCCUGCGGGGAGACCUACGCGAAUGGCGAAUUCUGGAUAUGCUGUGACAUUUGCGAGAAGUGGUUCCACGGCAAGUGUGUCCGGAUCACCCCUGCAAAGGCGGAGCACAUCAAGCACUACAAGUGCCCCGCCUGUAGCAGCAAGAGGAGCCGAGAAUGAAGCUCCUUUAGAAUGGUUAGGAAUGGUGAAGCGGCAGAGACCCUGCCGUGAACCGGCUCGCCGGUUUGUUGUACUAGUUUCAACUCAUUGUUGUGUGGGACAUGGCAACUAGUGGUAUCUAGCAGUCUAACUGCUUUCAUGGUAGUGUGAUGUGUAACUGUUGACAGCACCGUGUUCAGUAAUGAGGUGCUGGGUUAGUGUGUAACUGUGUGUGAUAUGUUAAUGCCUACCUGACGUUGUUAUUCCUCCAAGCUCUUGGGCUGUUGUUACUAA